CAUGAAACGAAUCUCACGAAGAGCACGAUCGCAGGCGUGGGUAGAGAAUUUGCGAUCGCAACACCUCACGAUCGGAGACGGAUGGCUGCACCGACAAGAGCACCGAACUGACUCCAUUCUGCACAUCGGAGAAGAACCAAACCCAGUUCUUCGAUGGAAGAAUGGAAGAAUUCGGCCGUGGUAUAUUGCUAUGGCGGCAACGCAAGGCUGCUAAAAGCAAAGCAGCGUGAUGGUGGGAGCCAAAUGAUGAACAUCCCUCUGCCAUGCUGUCGCUCGGGACAUGAGACUGUAGCGUCGUCGCGGGAAUGAACAUGGCGUGGUGAGUGAUGCGCACGAGGAGUCUGCGAGUGUUGACAGUGGACUGAAGUUGCCGUGGUUGCGUUGCAUCGGGAUCUUGCGAAGACAAGGCAUGUUUGGAGUGUGUUUGGUACAAGGUUUGCGUAGCUGUGCUCGGUGGGUCGUCUUCCGGUUCAAUUACUCGCUGGUGUGGCUGACGAUAUGGCAAAUCAGUCCCCGGAGAUAGAAGCCUUGAUUCCGAAGAGGGCGUCCGAUGGGGGCGGGGACCUUGAGGAGCUUGGAAGCUCGAAUCCGGAACUUGGUCUUCGUCGGAGCUUGAGUUUGGUUGAUGGAAUCAGUGUGCUGGUGGGAAUCAUCAUCGGUAGUGGCAUCUUUACGUCGCCUGGCGUGGUGCUCCAGGAUGCAGGCAGUGUGGGCUUGGGACUUAUGGCAUGGGUUGCUGCAGCAUUCAUGGCUCUCUGCUCGGCUCUCGUGUAUGCUGAGCUUGGUGCUGCCAUCCCCCAAGCUGGAGGCAAUGCAGAAUAUUUUAGGAUCGCGUUUGGUGAUGCAUGGGGGUUUGCGUUUGUCUGGACAAUGUUCUUCGUCCUUACGAAUGGAAGCUUGGCUAUCCUAACAAUCACUCUUUCUCGUUACCUCGUUGCCGGCUUUGUAGGGCUCCACAUUUUUGAGGGCGAUAUGAGCUCUGACCUUACAGUGAAAGCUGUAGCAAUUGGGUGUGUAGUAAUCCUCACCGUCUGGAACUGUUUUGGUAUACAUGUUGGUGCGAAGCUUCAAAAUAUCAUUAGUGUACUUAAGCUCUUACUCAUUUCAGUCUUAAUAGUCGCGGCAGUGGUCUUUGUAUGGGAUAAUCCCCUCGUUCUGGAGGAGAAUUUUCGUAAGCCAUUCGAAGGCAGUAAUUUCUCGGGUUUUGGCGUCAGCUGUGUUGCUGCUCUGUGGGCAUUCACAGGCUGGGGUGACCUGGUAUUUCUGACGGAAGAGAUGAAAGAUCCUGAGCGCGACAUUCCACGCGGUACAGUGGGCGGCAUGACUAUUGUGAUGAUCAUUUACCUGCUACUGAACGCGAUCUACCUCUGCAUCCUCCCUGCCGCAGUGGUAAAGACAUCAGCAGUUGUUGCCAUUGAUGCCGCCGAUGCAGCUCUGGGACCUUGGGCAGGAUCCUUUAUGUCCAUACUUGUUGCCAUAUCCCUUUUGGGGUCUGCAAACGGCAUCAUCAUUUGUGGUGCUCGUUAUUUGUAUGCUGCAGCUAGGCAUGGCCAAAUUUUCAAGAGUAUUGGAGCAGUUGGUACUCAGAGCCGUGCUCCAUAUGUUGCACAUCUUCUUCAGGGUUUACUGUGCAUUCUCUUGUUGCUGCAAUCCAGCGAUUUUGUUGAGUUGGUGAGCUUCUUUGGCGUGUCUUCCUACAUAUUCUAUGGUCUCACAGGAGCAGUUCACAUAAAGCUACGUCGAGAUCUUCCUACGCUACACCGUCCUUACCGUGUGGCCUUCUAUCCAUACGCACCACUCGUAGUCAUAUGUUUCUCCUUGUACUUGGUAAUUUCAGCAUUGAUGGCACAGCCUAAAGCAACAAGUUUGUCUUUAAGUUUUAUUAUUGUUUCAUUCCCUGUCUACUAUCUCUCCAAAAAAUCGCCCUUAUCCAGCUCCUUGACAAACAAUUCGUAACACUUGACUUAAAUACCACGACAGAUAAUUGAAGAAGCAAGAUAUUUUGGUUAGUGCAAUUAUUUUGGAAUUGGUAGUUGGUUAGUGCAAUUAUUGACGGAAUCCUGCCUUUCCAGUUGCUUUAGACUUCGAUGUGAACACGGUUCAAUUAUAUAGUUUCAGACUAGGUUAAAUGAUCCAGACAUAUUAUUGAAUCUAUUUCGAUUCAUAUCCUUUGAUAUUCUAUUGCUCUUCUGAAGUAGUAACAAUUUGAUGGAUUCCAUUGAAUCAUUUCGUCAUGGUUUGCUCUUACGAAAUUGGAGACAAAGACACUCCAUGACAAUUAUGUGGCACCUACAUUAUUAGUUUGAUUCCAGGAUUAUUUGUGCUAA